AUGGCCAAGGCCUACUUCCGCUUCCCCAAUGCACGAGGUCUAUUCCAUAGAAAUCUCUCACAUCCGUUCAAUACCCGGUCUGGCAUUCGGCAAGGUUUUAUCGUGUCUUCCACUCUCCUAAACUAUGCCAUUAUGGAUGGCAGCGUUGUGUUUGCACCCGGAUACUUGCAGCCUGGUCUCGAAUACUCCGAUAAUAUCGCUUUACUAGCUCCAAGCUUCAAUGGCCCGCGGUUUAUGGUGUCAUGGGCAAAUACACUCAUUAAGUCGGUUGGUUUGUUUGCGAAAUUUGGGAAGACCAACGUGUUUUUAAACUGCCUCCCCCACCAGUCGGAGAUAGCUCUUGAGAUUGACGGCUGUCAAUUUGAAGAAGUAAACAGUUUCAAACUACUACGGGUAAGGCUGCUUUCGAAUUCACAGGAUAAGGAUGGCACUGUCUCCCUGUCGAUUCUGCUCUUCGAGUUUUCUAAAGCCUUAGAAAGUAUAUAG